AUGUCUGAAGGGCGUUUGGGAGGCCAAGUCGAGAGCGGAUCGAUAGGAUCUUCUCAAGACUCCACAUGGGGGGAAAGAAGACAGAAAAGGCAUAAGGAUAGGGAGCGUGAGCGUAGAGAAGAAGAAUCUUGCCUAGGGGAGGGGUUAGACCAGACUCAACGAACAAUGUUGGGUGCCUCGGGGCACGGGCAAUGUGAUGAGAGAGACCAAGAGCUGGAACGGCUGUGCAGACUGGUGAGGGAUUUGGAGUUAGAGGCAAGGGGUUGGCGACAGAGAAGGGACCGAGGCAACCAAGAAAGGAGGAAUGAUAGUGCGGGAAAUCGAAGUGAGGAGAGGUCCAGCCAGUCCGGUUCCCGUCAAUGUCAAGAUCGUUCCCUUUCCAGAGAAACACGCCGACGCAGGAACUGCUUACUCUCCCAAGAGUCGCGUCAGCAUCGGAACUGUUCACGUUCACACGGAUAUGAUGACCGUGGUUCGGAUUCCCCGAAGGAAUGA